AUUCUUUGGUAGCACGUGCUAUUUGUACUGAAAUUUUACACAUCUAUGAGAGCCUUGGAAAGUGAUCAUGAAAGUUGUCAUUUUGUUGCAAGGCACAAUAUUUGGUAAAAUAAGCAACAACAGUAGAGAAAACGAAAACAUUUUAUCCAGAGAAAAGCCGGUCAGCGACUCCAGUGUCGCAGCUAAUGCGCAUGAUCAUGUUUAUCCAUCGUGAUGUUUGACGGGUACAAGUGUACGAGAAAGCAUUUAUUUUUCCGGCUAAGUAUACGACAGACCAUGCUGCUCCUCUAUCCUCGUUUACUAGUUUUUGUUGGUAUAUGUGCGCAUCGACAUGCUUUUUUCGCAACCCUUAUCUGGUGUUGUCAAAAUCUGACAGAACAUUUUUCCACCUGGACUGGAGAAAACUCGUGGAAAAUCAGCUGGCAGUCGGUGGAAAAUUGAGCCUCAGACAUUUCGCGUCGAGCGGCCUCGAAAAUUGUUUCCGGGGAGUUGUAUAAUUUCUCGGUGGUAAUUAGGCGGUUCAGAGUCUGAUUGAUAUUUUAGUGAGUGGACAAGGAAAAAUUAGCGUGCACUAAGUAUGGCUUCAUCGGCGUACAGCAGAGUUGACGACUAUCCCAUGGAUGAUACUCUCGAGUAUUUCAUCAAGUUUCCCUCCCCGAAUUUCAAAAACGAUGGUGAAGGCGCUGAAUCGGAUUACGUAUUUGUUUGCAACGAGACCAACGUUCCGAUUGUACUUCUGCUCGGGUGGGCUGGUUGUCAGGAUAAAUACCUAAUGAAAUAUUCCAAAAUUUAUGAGGACCGGGGUCUAAUCACUAUUCGCUACACGGCACCGGUGGACAACCUGUUCUGGAAGCGAACAUCCAUGAGCCAAAUCGGAGAGAAGAUACUGAAGCUUAUUUACGACAUGAACUUCGACAGCCAUCCACUGAUAUUCCACGUGUUCUCCAAUGGGGGUGCCUUUCUGUAUCAGCACGUUGCUCUGGCCAACCGGCGGUCGAAGAAGCCGGUACAGAUCUGUGGAAUGAUAUUCGAUUCGGCACCCGGCGAUCGACGAGUGCUGGGACUGUUCCGCGCAGUAUCGGCCAUUUUGGGCAAGGAUAGGCGCUGUAACAAGGUGGUCUCGGCACUGAUGACCAUCGGGUUGAUAUUUUUGUGGGCUUUUGAGGACUCGUUUAAUUAUUUCCGGAGCUUCAUACGGCCCUUCGAGGUACAAACGAACCCAUCGCACAAUUUGAAAUACGAAAGCAAUGAAUGGCCUCAACUAUUUCUUUAUUCCAAAGAAGAUAGGCUAAUACCGCAUACGGACAUUGAGAAAUUCGCAGCAUACCGCCGAAGCUGUGGCGUCGACGUCAAGAUGGUUUGUUUCGACAAGUCGGAACACGUGAAGCACUUCAUCCGGCAUCCCCAGCAGUACAUCUACAGUGUUUGCAAGUUUAUCAACGAUUGUUUAACCACCUACUACAACAAAUAUCACACCUAAGAAAAUGGCGAUUGAACUGGAUGCGUCAAAAGUACGAUCGAAAUUAACGAACGAACGCCUUGCAGCCAAAAUAAAUAGACAAGAUUACAACAGUUCCAAGAAUUCGGAUUUGUUUUCACCGUUCGGUUGAACUGUAGAUCGGAACCGGUAGCACAACGGUCAAGGUAGUGUAGGUUUUAGGAACAAAUUCAAGGAAACCAUUUUAAGUAGAUCACUUUGACACUACUGGACUCAGUCUAAGAUUGUACGAAUUGAAAGUAAUUCUUCUGUUCCAAUAUGAGGGCAAUUAUUUUAUUUCAAGUUUUUAAUUAAAAAAAUAACAAAAAAUUGCACAAAUUGUUUUCACGAUCAGUAUUAUGUAGUGUUCCUAAUUUUAUGUACUCAUCGACAACAAAGUUCGUAUUAUUUUAUUACUAUGUGUUUUAAGUAAGGCAUUGUUAAGAUAUAAAACAUUCGUGCACUUAGCUAAAAGCAAGAAAUUAUUCCAUCACAUUUGGUAGAUAUUCGUUGGUUCAAGCCAGUAAAACUGUUAUGUGAUAUUAACACUAGGUGCCUAUCGCAAUUGAAUUUCCGUUCAGCUACUUUGAAUCUGAAACUGCAGAUUAGCAUACGUGAAGGUCAAAUUAUUUUAACUCAUUUUCAUUCCUUCACAAAUGUGAUAUUUAACUCCAUUCAACAGCUUGACUAAUCGUUAUGCCUUAGUUUUUUUAUCGAAGUUAUGAUAUUUUAGUUUUAGAUAUAUUCUAUGAAUUUAAAAUUUGAGUUCGGUUAUGUAAUAUGGAGGAGAAACAUGAUUGUAUUGAAUAAAUUUGAGUUUU